AUGUAUGCUCAACGGCCACUAGCUUAUGCACCAACCCCAUAUAGCUUUACUCCAAAUCCUGCGCGGUCGGCCACCAUAAAUCUCGAUGAAGAGGUGAAAUUAAUAUCGAGCUCAGGUGAACGCGAGCUAUACGAAUCCCUUGCCGAAAUAUACAGCAUAAUUAUUACACUUGACGGUCUUGAGAAGGCAUACAUUAAGGAUGUGGUCACAGAGGCCGAAUACACGGAGACAUGCACCCGACUUCUAAAGCAGUACAAAUCUAGCUUGGGCGAUGAUACUGUGUCGCGCGAAUUUGUGGAUCUGGAGACAUUCAAGCGAACCUGGGGUGUAAGUCUCCCGCUUCUAUUGGCAGAUGAACGGUCUACUUACCAAUCAUGCACCAGUUGGAGUGCCCUCGAGCGACUGAGCGGCUCCGAAUCGGUCUCCCAGCCACGGUCGAACAAGCUUCGCAUGGCACACCUGCAACGAGCAACACAACUGGAGCAGGUGCCUCUGGGGGGGGCAGCUGGUAGCUUGAUUCUCCUUGCGACAGAAAACUUCAUCACGUUCCUCGAUGCAUUGAAACUGAACAUGGUUUCCAAGGACGCCCUGCAUCCGCUCUUAUCAGAAGUUAUUCAAUCAGUGAACAAGGUGACCGAUAGCGAUUUUGAGAACAGAGGCAAGAUCAUUCAAUGGCUGAUCACGCUAAACCAAAUGAGAGCUACCGAGGAACUGAGUGAGGAGCAGGCAAGAGAGCUGUCUUUUGACAUCGAGCAAGCUUAUCAUGGAUUCAAGUCGACUCUAAACUAA